AUGCUCACUAUCCAUCCCCGUCUUGCCGCGUCAGUACCUACCACGGUUCUCGACGAGGCGCAGAAAGGCGGGAACGUGGCGAUUGUUCGGACUAUCCUCGCCGCUAAUCCUGACAUCCUAGGAGCUUUCAAAGAACAAUGCGAAAUGACUGCGUUGGGAGUUGCUGCAGAAAAUGACCAUGAGGAUGUGGUCAGAUACCUCCUUGAUAUUGGGGAUGGUCCGUUAAAUUACCAGGACGAGGAAGGCUACGCACCGCUGCAUUGCGCCGUCCAGAGUAAUGACAUUGGCACCGUCAAAGCUCUUUUGGAGCGCCCGGAUGUUGAUAUCAACUUGGCACCGCAUCCUCCCAAUCGAUAUAGCCGUCAGAGGGCGUCAAUACCCGAACCCCCAAAUAGUACGAUUGUUACUGGAUCACCCCAAGAUAGACCCCAAUCUUCGCACCCUGGAGGGCAAAACACCGCUUGCGGAAGCCGUCGACCUCAGCUCCUCCGGGAGGCUAGGGUGGGUGUCGCGCAAGUCCUCAUUUCCAGCCCCAAAGUUGACAAAAAUGUAACGGAUAAGGAUGGAACCCUCCUUCAUGCCGCCUCUGGAACGGGCCAAGAUACCCGAGAGCAAGUUGCUAUCCUUAACAUGUUGCUUCCAUUUCUCAAAGGAAACAUCUGGCAUCGCAAUCGUCAUCGGCAGACUGUACUUGAUAUGGCUGCCGGACGCGGCAGUGUCGUCGCCCUGGAGCGGGAUGGUUCAGCGUCCGAGGCCUUUGGUGGCAGCACGCCGCUCCAUAAUGCGAUUGAGAGCGGUGAUAUCAAUACAGUCGGAGCGUUCUGGGAAUAUGAUGAUGUCGAUGUGAAUUGCAGUGCUCUGCCCCUGUCUCCACUGGAGUUGGCUACUACCGUGCCUUGCCCAACCCCGGAGAUUGUCAACGCGCUACUCGACCAUCCGAGAAUUAACCCUAAUACACGAAUUGCCGAGGGGAGUACGGCCCUUACACAGACUAUAACCGCUCAUAAUGGCCGCCCUGAUCUCGUCCGUGUAUUCAUUGCCCAUGACUCCGUCGACAUAUCCGCCCCUGACGCCCACGGGAACACACCAUUCCACCUCGCUGCAGCGAGCUCACUGCAGGCCUUCAACUUACUCCUUCCGCUCGUCCAAGAAACGCACACGAUCUGGGACGCAAACAAUCAAGGCGAGACCGCCCUAGGCCUCGCCGCAUCAACAGGCCAAAAAGAGGUCGUAGACAGACUCCUCGACCCAGACCUAGGUGCAACGAGAGGCAUUGUUGAGCAGGCCAUGGUGAAACCGAAGGCUGUACUGCAGGAUUUGCUGCUGCUGUUUCAGGCCUCGCGGUUCCACGCCAUGCUCAGCGAAUUCCAGGUUGAUAUGGCGUCUAUGAUUCCUGAGGGGUUGGAUGUGAUGGAGCGGAAUAGACAGAAUGCUUCGGCUGUUAUGGUGAGGAUGGGUGAGGGCGUGCGAGAGGCACUCGGAUUGCUAACGGUGAGACUGGAGGAAAUGGGUGCUUGA